AUGACCACCACCGACGUGCGGAAAGUGUCCAUCUUAGGAAAGGAGUCCAUCCAUUGUGGGUUCCAUCUCGUGCCAUAUAUCGUCGAUACUGUUCUGCAUACUCUGACUUCAUCUACUUACGUUCUGAUCACUGAUACCAAUAUUGCGAAUCUGCACCUCGAGGCUUUCCAGGCGGCAUUUAAUAGCCACAAGUUAUCGUGCAAGUCGCGCUUCCUGACCUAUGUCAUACCUCCUGGAGAAACGAGCAAGAGUCGCGAGGGGAAAACAGAAAUUGAGGAUUACCUCCUGCUGAACAAGUGCACUAGAGACACAGUCAUCCUCGCCCUUGGCGGUGGGGUCAUCGGCGAUCUGGUCGGUUUUGUCGCUGCUACUUUUAUGCGGGGCGUUCGUUUCGUUCAGAUUCCAACGACGUUGCUUGCAAUGGUUGACUCCAGCGUGGGAGGAAAAACUGCCAUCGAUACCCCCCAUGGGAAGAAUCUACUGGGUGCUUUCUGGCAGCCGGAAUACAUCUUCAUCGAUGCGGCUUUCCUGGAAACGCUACCCGGGCGUGAGUUCUCCAAUGGAAUGGCCGAAGUGGUCAAGACCGCCGCCAUCUGGGACGAGAAUGAGUUCGCGGCACUCGAAUCGCGCUCGGCAGAUAUCUUUGCCGCGAUCCAAACACCGUCGGCGAACCUCUCCGGGCGCGUACAAUCGACGCGUUCACCUGCGCAGGAGUUGCUCCUGUCGGUGAUCGCUGGCUCCAUUGGGGUGAAAGCGCACAUUGUCACGAUUGACGAACGCGAGACGGGUCUUCGUAACCUCGUCAACUUCGGACACACGAUCGGACAUGCAAUUGAGGCCGUACUGACGCCGACGAUUCUGCAUGGCGAGUGCGUUAGCGUAGGCAUGAUUCUUGAAGCGGAGGUCGCAAGGCAACUGGGCGUGCUAAGCCAGGUCGCGGUUGGUCGGCUCACUCGCUGCCUCAACGCGUACAACCUGCCCGUGUCGAUCUCGGAUCCGCGCAUUUCCAGCUUGCCUGCGGCUACGUCUCUUACGGUGGAGAAGCUGUUGGACAUCAUGAAGAUCGACAAGAAGAAUAGUGGCCCGCAGAAGAAGAUCGUCAUUUUGUCCAGAAUUGGCGCUACCUACGAACCGAAGGCUACCAUCGUGGCCGAUAAAGUUAUCGCAAAGACGCUGUCCGAAGCUGUCAGGAUUGUACCAGGCGUGCCCACCAAGAGUCCCAUUCGUAUGGCUACUCCAGGAUCGAAGAGUAUCUCCAACCGUGCUCUGUUGCUGGCUGCUCUUGGAAAGGGUACUUGCCGUCUCAAAAAUUUACUGCACUCGGACGAUACCCAGGUCAUGAUGAAUGCUUUGAUGGAGCUUAAGGGCGCAAGCUUUAGUUGGGAAGACGGGGGCGAGACCCUUGUUGUCAAAGGUGGAGAGGGCUCUCUAUCAGUUCCCCUAAGGGGCAGAGAAAUUUAUCUCGCGAACGCGGGUACAGCUGCGCGCUUCCUGACCACUGUCUGCACGUUGGCCCAGUCUACGCAACCGGACGAGAGGACUGUCAUUACAGGCAAUGCGCGUAUGAAGCAGCGUCCUAUCGGACCCCUCGUGGACGCGCUGCGCGCUAACGGGAGUGACAUCGCUUAUGUCGAGUCUCUAGGUUGUCUGCCACUGUCAGUUGCACCCGCAGGCUUGAAGGGAUCGACGAUCCAGCUCGCGGCGAGCGUCUCCAGCCAAUAUGUAUCUUCCAUACUACUCUGUGCACCAUACGCCCUAGAGCCCGUCAUUCUCGAGCUUACAGGUGGACAGGUCGUCUCUCAGCCCUACAUCGACAUGACGAUCGCGAUGAUGAAGACGUUUGGUGUCAACGUUAGUCGUGAAGUGGAUGCAGCAACCGGCCAGCUCCUGGACGUGUACACUAUCCCGAAAGGCGUCUAUAGCAAUCCUUCCGAAUACAACAUCGAAUCUGACGCCAGCAGUGCGACGUAUCCGCUGGCAAUCGCAGCCAUCACAGGUACAUCAUGCACUAUCACGAACAUCGGGUCUGCGUCUCUGCAAGGCGAUGCGAGGUUUGCGAAGGAAGUGCUCGAACCAAUGGGGUGCAAGGUUAUACAGACUGAAACCGAGACCACUGUUGAGGGUCCACCCAUUGGCCAGCUUAGAGCGAUUGGCUUCGUUGACAUGGAGCCCAUGACGGACGCGUUCUUGACGGCUUCAGUGCUUGCUGCGGUCGCGACUCAGCCGCCGCUGGAACAGAGAAGACUUCUGGAUGGAUCUCCAUCUACCACGACGCGCAUCGUUGGGAUUGCAAACCAGAGAGUGAAAGAGUGCAACCGUAUCCAAGCCAUGAUAGACCAGUUAGCUAAGUUCGGUGUGGAAACGAACGAGCUCCCCGAUGGUCUUGAAAUUUAUGGCAGGGCAGUUGGAGAAUUGAGCGAAAAUGCCAGUGUGCAUUGCUACGAUGACCAUCGGGUCGCAAUGGCAUUCAGCGUCCUCGGGACAGUGAUCAAGGACACGACGAUAGAAGAAAAGAGAAGUGUGGAGAAGACGUGGCCGAAUUGGUGGGAUGACCUUGAGAAUAAGAUCGGUCUCGAGGUUGAGGGCGUCGAACUUCCCGUAUCUGACUCCGCCUCUUCUGCAAGCAGACCUACCGAUGCAGAUACACUGGCAUCCGUCGUCAUUGUCGGCAUGCGUGGUUCCGGCAAGACCUUCAUUGGAAAUCUCGCCGCAUCCAUUCUAGGCUGGAACUUCGUGGAUGCAGAUGUCGCAUUCGAAGACAGAUAUCAAACCGGAGUGCGUUCAUUCGUGCUUGAGAAUGGCUGGCCAGCUUUCCGUGCUGCGGAGACAGAAAUAUUGCGAGAACUGUUGUCAAAGCACCCCAAAGGGCAUGUCAUUUCCCUCGGUGGUGGUAUCGUUGAGACGCCUGCUGCACGCGAAGCUCUCAAGGCCUAUGCAAAAGAAGGACCUGUGGUCCAUAUCGUUCGAGAAAUUGACGCAGUUGUUAAGUAUCUGGGAGAGGAGACAGCUAGACCAGCAUACGGCGAGCCGAUCUUAGACGUCUUCCAAAGACGGGAACCAUGGUUCAACGAGUGCUGCAGCUACGUCUUCGUCAAUUACACUGGCGUUCUGGGGGCAGUCAACGGGGACCAUAUUGACAUCCUGAACGGAUCUGGAGAGAUUCGUAGUUCGCGUCACGAAGUGGCACGCUUUUUCAGACACGUCACCGGGCAGCAUCCCAACCUCGCCUCUAAUAUGGCGGCAGGCAACAGGUCGUACUUCUUAUCGCUCACAUAUCCUGAUAUCACACCUGCUCUGCCUCGCAUUGAAGAACUCACAGUCGGGGUUGACGCUGUUGAGCUACGAGUUGACCUGCUCCGUUCACCCAACGACUUCGGGAAUGUCGGGCCUCACAAGCCCUCCGUAGCCUAUGUCACGGAUCAAAUUGCUGCUUUGAGACAGAAAACCACUCUGCCCGUUGUAUUCACCGUCAGAACCGUCUCGCAAGGUGGACAAUUUCCCGAUCACGCAGAACAAGAAGCUUUCGAAUUGUUCCACACGGCAGUACGUCUUGGAAUCGAGUAUAUUGACGUCGAGAUAUCUUGGUCGGAGCGGCACAUACAGGACCUUAUCGCGCGGAAAGGGCACUCGCAAAUCAUUGCUUCCUGGCACGACUGGAGCGGGAAUAUGCGGUGGAGCGGGAAGAUGGUCGAAGCGAAAUACCGCGUUGCUCGAGGCUUUGGUGACAUCGUCAAGCUCGUGGGGAAGGCCAACAGCCUCGAAGAUAAUUUUGAGCUUCACGAUUUCGUUCGGCGAAUGCGGUCUCUGCCGGAGGGAAAGCCGAUCAUCGCCCUUAACAUGGGUAUUGAAGGACAAAUGUCACGUAUCCUCAAUUCGACAUUGAGCCCGGUUUCGCACCCUCUUCAACUGGUCAAGGCGGCUCCAGGCCAGCUUUCAUUCGCGGAGAUCCAGACUGCUCUUCACCUCAUUGGACAAUUACCUGCUCAACGUUUCUUCCUUUUCGGAAAUCCGAUUGGGCAUUCGAUGUCACCGAUUCUUCACAACACUGCCUUCCAGUUAUUGGGCCUGCCUCACACAUAUGAGCUGCUUGAGACCGACAACGUUGGAGAAGAGAUCAAAGCAGCCUUAACAUCUCCGGAUUUUGGUGGCGCUUCGGUCACGAUACCCUUCAAGCUCGAUGUCAUACCUCUCCUGGACUCGCUGUCACAGGAGGCGCAAGCCAUUGGUGCUGUCAACACGAUUAUUCCACGGAAGACAGCAGAUGGAUCACUUGUGCUGUACGGUGAUAACACUGACUGGAUUGGGAUUCGCGACUGUAUCCGCGCUGUCUUACCGGCCUCAAUUCUCAAGCCCGAAACGGCACUGAUUAUUGGCGCAGGGGGAACAUCGCGCGCUGCCAUAUAUGCGUUGCAUGAACUGGGAGUCAACGUCAUCUAUCUCUAUAAUCGAACGAGGAACAGCGCCCAAGUCCUAGUGAACACGUUCCCAGAUGUGAAGAUCGAGAUCAUCGACGAGCUGGGCGUAUGGCCGGGUCAAGACCCACCCCCCACCGUAAUUGUGUCAACAGUACCUGCCACAGCAACCACCUUAAAUCUUUCCGCUCAGUCCGGGCUAUAUCUUCCCAGCACUAUCUUUGCCUCUCCAGACGGUGGCGUGGUCGUCGACAUGGCCUACAAACCUGCAGAGACUCCGUUAUUAGCGCUCGCCGCAAAUGAAGGUAGUCACUGGAAGACUGUCAAGGGUGUUCAGGUUCUAUUGGAACAGGGAUACGUGCAGUUCCAUCUCUGGACCGGCAGACAUUGUCCCCGAGCUGCUGUGGCGGAACGUGUCUGGGAGACAUACACGGCCUGA